AUGCCUUGGCUGAGCGGGGGCCGGCGGCGGAGGCAGCAGCAGCAGCAGCAGCCGCAGCAACAGCAACCUCAGCAGCAGCAGCAACAGCAGCCUCCGCCGCCGCCGCCGCCGCCGCCGCCGCAGCAGCCGCCGCAGCAGCCUCCGCAGCAGCAAGGGGGGCCCGGGCAGCCGCCGCCACCGCCGCAGCAAGCGCAGCAGCAGAGAGGCCGGGAGAGCUCUGAGCUGCCCCUGCCCGCAGGCUGGGAAGAGGCGCGGGACUUCGACGGCCGCAUCUUCUACAUCGACCACAACACCCGGCAAACCUCUUGGAUCGACCCCCGGGACAGGAUUACAAAGCCAUUAACUUUUGCUGACUGUGUUGGGGAUGAACUUCCUUUAGGGUGGGAAACUGUUUAUGAUCAACAAAUUGGAAUCUAUUACAUGGACCACAUAAAUCAACUUACCCAGAUUGAGGAUCCAAGAGAACAAUGGAGGAGAGAACAGGAACGGAUGUUGAAGGAAUAUCUAAUUGUAGCCCAGGAGGCACUCAAUGCCAAAAAAGAGAUAUACCAAAUUAAGCAGCAGCGUUUUGAGCUAGCGCAAGAGGAAUACCAGCAGCUACACAAGAUGUGUGAAGAUGACAGCCGCUCUUAUGCUAGCUCAUUCUCUGGAUAUUCAACAAACACAAAAUAUGAUCCGUAUCAAAUUAAAGCAGAGAUUGCAAGCCGUCGUGAUAGACUUUCCAGACUGAAACGAGAGCUGACACAAAUGAAGCAAGAAUUGCAGCAUAAAGAAAAAGGAGUGGAGACACUGCAAGAGAUCGAUCGCAAGAUGUCAAGUGCUCAUACAAAUUACAAACUGGAUGAAGCCCAGGCUAUAAUGAGUGAGCUCCGUACCAUAAAGAAAGCUAUUUGUACAGGCGAGAAAGAAAGGCGGGACCUGAUGCAAAGCCUGGCUAAGCUUACGGAUGGUUUCAGGAAUAGCUGUUGUAUUUCAGACUCUCUGCAAGAUUUGUCCCAUAAUUAUGGUUCAGUUGGCAGUUCUUGUUUACCUCAACAAUACUGUGACGCUGGUUCUCAAACUGACAUCAUUGGAGAGUUUGGCUUUGAUGAUAAAACAAGACUUGUAGACAGAGUUCGACUUAAUUGGCAGUAUGAAGAGGCCAAAAAGAGAGUGGCAAAUAUACAGCAGCAAUUGGCCUUGCUAGAUAAUGAGUCUUGGCCAGGAAUAGCGGAGGCAGACAGGGACCGCCUUCAGCUCAUUAAAGAAAAAGAAGCCCUUCUCCAGGAACUGCAGCUCAUCAGCCAGCAGAGACGUUCUCCAGAAGACAUUGCCCGAUUGGAAGAGGAGAAAAGGCGUUUAGAGGAAGAGAUUCAGAGGGCUAGAGCUACAUCUGCCCAUGGAGCCACAGAAAGGAUUCUUCUUCAAGAAAAGCGAAACUGUUUGCUUAUGCAGCUAGAAGAAGCUACACGUUUAACAUCCUACCUACAAUCUCAGUUAAAAAGUUUAUCUGCCAGCACUCUGACAGUAUCCUCUGGGAGCAGCAGGGGAUCACUGGCAUCCAGCCGGGGAUCACUGGCUUCCAGCAGAGGUUCCUUAAGCUCCAUCAGCUUCACAGACAUCUAUGGCCUUCCCCAGUAUGAAAAAUCAGAUGCAGAUUAUGGCCAGCAUCUGCGCUUUGAUCUAAUUCCUUUUGAUUCUCUGGGAAAAGAUGCACCAUUCUCUGAGUCCACUGGACAUUCCCACUUCAAUAAGCAAAGGAGAUCCCUGGACACACCUCAGUCCCUAGCCUCCUUGUCUUCUCGUUCUUCUUUGUCUUCCUUAUCUCCACCGAGUUCCCCAUUAGAUACACCCUUUCUUUCUGCCUCUCGGGAUUCCCCUCUUGCUCAGAUGUCUGAUGGAUUUGAAAUGCUAGGCAUGGGAGCUCUAGAAAGACUCAGGGCUCAAGCCUCAGCUAUGGGAGAUGACGAGACGCAGGGGACAACUUCACUUCAACAUUCUGGAUAUCACGGGGACAGUGAAGGAGUUCGAGAACAGCUACGACCACAACUGGCAAAUGUCUCAACUACUAGUGGAACAGUUACUCUAAGAGAAGACAGUGCUAGGAGAUCAGAGAGGAGGGCCAGACGGGUUUCUGCAUGUCUCUCUGAUUAUUCACUGGCUAGUGACAGUGGUGUAUUUGAACCUUUAACCAAAAGGAAUGAGGAUAUUGAGGAGCCUGCAUACAGUGAUACCACCACCAAUGAAGAGCCCCAGAUACAUGUUGGAUUUUUGCAUGAUAGAGGAAAUGAUUGUCUCCUAGUGAAUGUCCUCCAACUCAAGAAUUUUGCUGGGCUGAUUGUGAAAGAAGGCUGCAAGAUACACAUUAGAGUCUAUUUGCCAACUCUUGACUCAGGCACACCAAACACUUACUGCUCCAAAGCUCUGGAAUUUCAAGCUCCAUUAAUAUUUAAUGAAGUUUUCCAAAUCCCUGCUCAUUCAAGUGUCUUAAAAUUAAAGUCACUUCAGCUGUAUGUUUGUUCUGUUGACCAUCAACUUCAAGAGGAACUGUUGGGAAUUGCUCAGAUUAACUUGGCUGAUUAUGAAAGUUCCAGUGAAAUGCAGUUACGCUGGUAUUCUGUCCAAGUCUUCACCAGCUCUGACCCUCAAAGGACCAAAGGGAGUAACCAAUUAGAAGAAGGCACAGCAGAAAGUCAUGGAAAUAACACCAGCAUAAAAACGGAUGCUGUUACAGUACUGUUAGCCAGGACCACAGCCCAGCUGGAGGCAGUGGAAAGAGAAUUAGCAGAGGAGAGAGUAAAAUUGGAAUAUACAGAAGAAGAAAUCUUAGAGAUGGAAAGGAAAGAAGAUCAAGCAGAGGCUGUAUCUGAAAGGAGCUGGCAAGCAGAAUCUGUUGACAGUGGAUGUAGUAAUUGCACUCAGACCAGUCCUCCUUACCCAGAGGCCUACUGUGUCGGUGUUGAAUCCCGCCAUGGACAUAUGUUUGCAGGUCAGGCAGAUCAGUAUAGUUCUGGGAAGAUUCAGCCUGCUUCUCUUAAGGUUGAUAAGGAAACCAACACAGAGGAUCUCUUCCCAGAAGCAGUACCAGUUCUUCCAAAAGAGAGGACCAGCCGCAGGGCUCGUGGUUCUCCUUUUGUUCGGAGUAGUGCAAUUGUUCGUUCACAGACUUUCUCGCCGGGAGCACGAAGUCAGUACGUUUGCAGACUAUAUCGCAGUGACAGUGAUAGUUCAACCCUGCCAAGAAAGUCCCCUUUUGUCCGAAAUACAUUGGAACGACGUACUCUACGCUAUAAGCAGUCUUGUAGGUCUUCUUUGGCUGAGCUUAUGGCACGGACAUCCUUAGACCUGGAGCUGGACCUCCAGGCAUCACGUACUAGACAGAGACAGCUGAAUGAGGAGAUAUGCGCUUUGAGAGAACUGAGGCAACGUUUGGAGGAUGCCCAGGUCCGAGGGCAAACUGACCUUCCCAACUGGGUUCUUCGAGAUGAACGAUUCCGAAAUUUGCUGAAGGAAGCAGAGAGGCAGACAAGACAAACCAAACUUGAACAUCAUCAAGAACAGGCAGCUGAGAAAAUGCUUAAGAAAGCUUCCAAAGAAAUAUACCAGCUGCGUGGGCAAAACCAGAAGGAACCCAUUCAGGUGCAAACAUUUAGGGAGAAGAUAGCAUUUUUUACAAGACCAAGGAUUAACAUACCUCCUCUGCCAGCUGAUGAUGUAUGAUGUGUUGUAAACAUGAAGUAUUUAUCUGUUUUAUUUUCAUGAAGUUAUUAGACUAGCUAAAUUUAUCUUUAAAACAUUUGUGCAAAGCUAUUAAUAUACACAUUUUGUAAAAAACAAAAACAUAUAUAAAUAUAUACAUAUAUAUUUUAUAAUAGUGACUACAGCAAGGCUUGGUUUUUCCUUGUUGUGAAUUUGACAUCUCCGAAGACAGCUUAUUUUAUAAAAGAUCAACUAUCCUGUUAAGAGUGUACAGUUUUUAAUGCUGUUUUAUUUGACUUAAAGGCUGGAAGACAGAAACAAAGUGAGUUCAGGCAAAUUCACUGUAUUGUAAUUUAUUUAUAGUACUUUUUUUCCUUGAAGGAAAAUACUGACUUUAAGAUGUAUUUUAAGACUGAAAUUUUGUUCUUCAGUAUUUGUCAUACAGUAGAAUGGAACUAUUGGGCUGGUUUUGUUUCUGAUACCUGAAAAUGAAAAUACUAUGUUCUGAAUUCGUCACUUUUAUCAGUUUCUAAUAUUUGUAUCUUAUGUGUAUUGUAUUCUUUAGCACUGUUUAUGUGUUAUAUUAAAAUAUUAUAGCCUGCAAUGUUUUUAACAUUGAUUAAAAUCCCAUUUAUACAUUGCAGAACGUAAUGUCAUAGUCUUACUGUGCACUAAUAGGUUUGCAUUUCUCUUUUGUCUAAUGUAUCUUUAUGCAUUAUGUGAUCUGAAGCCAGGUGUACAAAGUCUCCAUUUUCUGGGUGUGUCAAGAUUGGCUGUCUGCCGUGUUCACAUUCAUUAGUAAUGACCAACUCACCACUUUGCUAAGAUGAUCCAGCCAUGAUAUACAAGGACUAAAGUAAUAAGUGAAUAGGAAAUCACCAUAUUAAUGUAACCACUGAAGAAUAUAACAAUUCAAACAAGUUAGAGAUAGUAGCCUCUCUAGGAAAUGUGUCUUUAGGAAAGUGAGCAAUCAAUUUUUGGGGGCAAUAAAUCAUUUACCUCAGAGUAUUUAGUAUGUAAUAGGAGAAUAUUAUCCUAAAUCUAGAGACACAUUGUUCCUAUGACAUCUUGAAAAUGUCAUAAAUAUAGUUCUUAUGCAAUAAAAUACGUGAUGGUAUUUUUAAAAAAAUCUCAAACCAUAUUAAUAUGAGACACUAUCAUUUACAAAGUAGGUCAUACUUCACAAAGCUUUGGAACAAAAAAAUUGUUUCUUGGGUCCCACAAAAUGUCACAAAAAUUCUUUAUUUCUUUUAUUUCUUUCCUCACCCCUUGACAUUUCCCUAAUAAAUGAGACUUUAUCCCCUCUAGUCCCUACUAGUCUUCCUUAUCUCAUCAAUUUCUGGACUCCCACCCUGCAUAUCCAACUUUGCUAUAAUUUUACAUGGAUUAAGAGUGGGUUUUGCAGGAUUAUUAAACAGAUGCCAAAAGAGUCUGUUUAAUGGUGGUAAGACUUCAAUAUUUAUGUUACUUGUAACCUCUAUAUUUGUUAUGUGUCUUCUGGCUUUGGUCUUGCUUUGUUGAUAUAUUUAUGCAUGUUCACACACAUACAUACACACACGUAUUCACAAACUCACAAAACAUUAAUACUAAUCAGAAUUUCUGGUCCACAGAUAAAAGUAUUUUCCAUAUUUCUGUGCAAAUGAAAGCCAACAACAGCAUUUUCCCCUACCAGAUGUUGCACCUUGCUGUGCUGCCAAAACAUUUGUUUGGUUAACAGAAGAUUUAUAGGUGGGAGUAGUUAGUAAAUUCUCUUUUCCUAUAGUACCAUGUUUGCAGCAAUGGAAAAUCCAGCAUGGCACUUUUCUGUGCACCUGAAAGCAAUCGUAUCCUUUCUGUAGCAGGAAACAAAUAUUAUUUACCCUCCUAUGGGGGUUUGUUAUGGCUUCAACUGCCAAAUAACUAGCUGUGUUGGAAAACUGGUAUUACUGGUAUAUUGGAAAACCAAUUACAAAAUCAGUAUUUUCCAGAUAGCUCCUUUCACUGCCCCAAUUUAGAUAGUUACUUUUCCAAAGUGAGAACCCUUCCUUGGCUUCCAUUUCAAUAAUUCAAAAUUUUUUUUUUUAAAAAUACAGCUAGCUCCUUCACUCACCCAAUUGUGUUGUUCUUCCUACCCCUCUUUUGUUCUGCCUUCCUCUACCUUCUCUGUUCUGUUGUCUCUGCAAUUGAGUGGGACCAUAACAAGGAGAGGAGAUUUAGUUAAAUGAAAAACAGGGAUGUGAGGAAGAAAUGGGUCAGGUCCUGUGCAUCAGUGGCAGGAGUUAACCUAAUUGGAGAGCCACCUUCACCUCUGUUUCAUCCUGUCCUCUGACUAUCCAAGCUCAAAAAAAAAAAAACCCUAGAGCUGGAACCUUCCAGGUUAUGGCAGCA